CCGCGGAACUUUCGGCCUAUCCCCGCCCCGCGGCGAACCGAACCGGGAGGCAAGGCGAUGAGCGCGGCUGGCGCGGGCGUGGGCGGUCGCCGCUGGGCGCGACUGUCCCGCCUCGUCUCCUUCAGCGCGACCCACCGGCUCCACAGCAAAUGUCUGAGUAACGAAGAAAACUUGAAACUGUAUGGGAAAUGCAACAAUCCAAAUGGCCAUGGGCACAAUUAUAAAGUUGUGGUGACAGUCCAUGGAGAGAUUGAUCCUGUUACAGGCAUGGUUAUGAAUAUGACGGACCUCAAAGAGUACAUGGAGGAGGCAAUUAUGAAGCCCCUUGAUCAUAAGAAUCUGGAUCUAGAUGUGCCAUACUUUGCAGAUAUUGUAAGCACGACAGAAAAUGUAGCUGUAUAUAUCUGGGAAAACCUCCAGAAAUUUCUUCCUAUGGGAGUUCUUUAUAAAGUAAAAGUAUAUGAAACUGACAAUAAUGUUGUCGUCUAUAAAGGAGAGUAGCUUUUAGGGGUUCAUACUAUAGAAAUAUUAAUUUCUUUCCACAUUUGAAAAAGGUCUUUAUCCUCUUGGACUAUUAAAAAGUCAUCACAGAAUUGCUAGAGCUUCACCUUGUGUUCUGGUGCCUAAUUUAUUGAAAUCAUUGUGUGUAAGACCUGUUGUGUAUUCAAAUAUAUUUUAAAACAAAAUUUGUUAAAGACGUUCUGAGUGUCAUUUAGAGAAUCCUUUAUCUAUAGAUUAAAAAUCACUUCAUUUUCAGUAAAAUGUUAUGGUGUGGAAUUUAAAAGCAAAAUAAAUCAAUUUUUGUUUUUCCAUUA